GCGAUUUACCAAGAAGCUCUCUCCUUUCCAUUAUUGCCUUUACUAAAACCUCUUCUCCACUAAUCCCAUAACACUAUAGCAUCUUCUUCUCAUUGUUUUCAGAUAAUUAAAGAAAGAGAGCAGAGGAUCCGUCUUGGAAAGCAGAUAAUUAAAGAAAGAAAGCAGAGGGUCCGUCUUGGAAAGUUCCUUUCCUUUUCUAUGUAAAUUCCUCCGUUUUCUCAAAGAAAAGCACUUACUUAAUAGCUGUGGAAAUUGAGACAGCAACAACUGGUUUCCUGGUUUGCAAAUACUCGUCGUGGAGAUCAGUCUUCUUCUGAGCCAUCUUUAACACCUAGUAGUAAUCUUUACAAACCCUCCUUGAGUUUCAGGGAUGAGGGCUACUUCAGAAUCAGCAGAGUGGAUAUUUUUAGCCACUAACCUUGGCCUAGAGAUGUUGUCAGCUGCUUGUGAUCAGGCUUCCUCCCCAAGAAGACCCCACUUAUUUGGUAUAUUGUUGGCCAUUGCAGCUGUGCUCAUUUCCAUCUGGGAGCUAAUUUACAGAGGUAAAAAGGAAAGAGUUGUGUUGGGGAGAUGGGGAAUGCUCUGGUGGUUUUAUCAUCCACCACCUCCUCGACAUAAGCCUUUUGGUACUCUUCCUGACAUUUUUGGACUAGUUGCUAGCAUCUCACAGUGCAUUUGCGCUAUGGUUCAGUAUGUUUAUUACCUUCGGCAUUCUGAAAAUCCUAUCAAAUUCUCCCUUUUGCCUGCCAUAUUUCUUGUGUGUUUAGGUUUCAAAACUAAGUAAUAACCGACUGAACGCCAAUACCACUGAUAACGAGGACUCCUGGGAAAAUUCUCAAGAAUUAUUAUGGAACGGUUUUUUAAGAGAAAGUCAUCAUCGGGUUCGGGUAGUUCGGAUAAUGUUGAUAGUUCAAAUAAUGUUGGUAGUUCAAGAACUCCAAGUUCAAGACAAAGUCUGUUAGAUUGUGUUUUUGGUGCACAUGAGCUUGAGAAAGAGCUGACUGAAACAGAUGUAGGGCAUAAACUGGUGGUUCCAGUGCGGUGGCUUGAUGAAAUGCCUCCAUUUGAAGGGAGCUCCCGUGAGGUCCAGUUCGGGGUCCUGGACGACAAGGGCUUCCAUUUUCUGUUGUGCUGCUCCAUCCGAAAUGGCAGUUACCAGAAGCCUGUGCUUCAGGCGGAGGGUUGGCUCAAGUUUUUCAAAUACAAGGGGCUCAGAGUUGGUGACAAGAUUAUUUUUCUUCCUCAGGUAAAUCAUUUCAGAGAAACCAUAUUUCAAGUUAGAGCACAAAGGAAAAACAUCCACGGUCACUGGGUCGAUAUUUGAUGUGAUAUGAACAAUUAUUAAGUGAGAUUUGACAUAUAUAUAUUUAGAUGUAUAUAUAUGUCAAUCUUCUUAUAUAGUUCUAUAAGUUUCUGUUUCUGUCAAGUUUAAUUUAUUAUGAGUGAUUGGUAUAUGCCAAUCUUGUUAAGUAGUUGUAUGUUUAUGUUUUGGAUUAAUAAGUUAAUCUAUGUUGUAUGGGUUUGUAUUAUGUUUAAUCUAUGUUUCUUUUGGGUCA